UUAACUCACUCUAUAUAUAUGAUGAAUAUGAUGAAGAUACAAGCUUCUUAUAUGGUAUGAUUUCAUUUUUAUUUUUGAAUUUUGAGUUUGAUAUAAUACAUGUUUAUUAAUUUAUUUUUUCAUUAAAAUUAAACGGUAUUUGUAAUUAUUAGCUUUAUAUUAAUCGUCUUGUGUGUGUUACUAGAUUAAUACUGAAUCAAAUUAUGACGAACAAAGAAAGUGAUUUUCAUGAUCAUCCUUUGGUGAUGGUCAAUCAGCAACGACCAUACACAUGCGACGGGUGCAAAACAGAAGGUAUAGGGCUAAGGUACAGAUGUGAGAGGUGCAACUAUGAUUUGCAUCACCAAUGUAUGUUUUCUUCGCCAAAACUAAAAUUUCAAGGAAAUCAAUAUCGAUUUCUUGAAAAACCCCUGCCCGGCCCAAAUUGCACCAGGGCGAAUUAUUGCAUUGACUGCAGAAAUUGUGAUGCAUGUGGGAAAAACGUUAAGGGCUUCGUCUAUCAUUGCUCAGACACAGGAUGGGAUUUACACCCUAGAUGUGCUAAGUUAGACUGUAAAAUUAGCAUUGGAGAUGUCACAUUUUGGCUUGAGAAGCAAGGACCAUCUACUUGUGCUUGGUGCAAUAAGAGGCUGCUCAAAGGUGCAAAGAAAAAGAUUCCGGGGUGGUCUUAUGUAUCAAACUAUGAUGAUUACAAUUUUCAUGUGUAUUGUGUUAUGGAAAUGGCCAUGCAGAGUUCAUCAUCGGCCUCUUCCUCAGCAAUUACUCCUGUAAUGGAAGAAACUAAAUUAACUGAUCUUAGAGUACUUAUCAAAUCUAAAAAAAAUGGUGCAAAUUCUAAGAACAAGUGGUUAGAAAUACUAAAGAUAUUCUUAAGAACAGUCUUCUCUAUUCUUCUUGGAGAUCCGACGGCUAUCCUUGCUUCUACUCUGGCUCAUCUUGUGACUGAGGGCUUUUUACACUAAGGUUCAAGAUCAGCAUUUCAUUUUUUAUUUAAAGUAUUUCUUUUUAAAUAUAUAUCUUUAUUGUUGUAUUUUAACAUUUUUCUAUGUAUAGUAUUUUUUUGAGAUUAAAAAGAUGUACAUACGGUGAUGCUUAUAUACUAAUACUACCCUUUUUGUUUCAGUUUAAUUUAUUGGUUAUAUUUUGACCGAAAAGGUCUUAAAAUUUUAGUUUAAAUGUA